AUGCCACCCUUCCAAGAGGUGGUUUCUGAAACAGUUUUGAUCGUAUCACUCCCUGAUAAAAACCAGGCUCCUAAUCAAACCCUGUCUGGUAUCCUUAUGAUACGUCCCAGUAUUUGUGUCUCCGCAAAGCAUGGUAUGUGUGUACACACCAUGUGGUACACAACCCACCCUCAGCGGGUUGAAGUCAUAACCACGUUGAGCAGAGCAUGCAUGCAUCAUUCCUCCCACUGUCCCCACUUGGCUCCACUCUGGUACAUCACUGAGUCUCCCUCCCAGGCCCCCUUUCUGAUCCACCCACUUUCCCCAACCUCCUCAGAGUCCUGA